AUGGUCUGGGUCAUGACGAGCUGGACCAAGAUCUGGUCUUGCACGGUGCUGCGUAUAUGUAGUGUUGUGGGCCUUACACCCGAGGACGGUGCUGAGAUUAAGCGCAAGCAAGCGCCAUGCGAUGACGCUUACCUGCAGAAGACGUGGGAUGUUACGCCCAAGUGGCGUGUACACGCGAUUGAACUGCUGACUAAACGCUGUCCAAACUUGGAUUUCUUGGACAAACCUUUUUUAUCAUGGAUCUGGUUGAAUACCAAGUCGGCUGACAUAAGCGAAAACGCCUGUAAGUUGGCCAAGGAGCAUGGCGUACCUGUUCUCAGUGAUAAACCCAGCUUUAACCUUCCUACUUUCGUACGCAUCGCUGCCCGUAGUCCAGACCAGACGGCUGUGCUACUCAAGGCUUGA